GGUACGAUCGGAGCACGGGCCGCGGAGGGUCUGCGUCUCGGCCGUCGACAGCAGGAAAGAGACGGCCGAGAGCCCGGGGCGUUUAGCGACCCGCCCUCCUCGUCUUUUCUGGGGUUCGGGGUUGCCGUGUGAGGUAGUGCGAAGCAGCAGCUGCCGAGCAAAGGCGGUAUUAGUCGGGCCUCCGUCAAUCGAUCGUGUGUUCGGCUCACGACGGGAGGCUAUUAGCAAACGAUCUCUGCUUGCAGAAGUACUCGACGCCACACGCCUGCAACGCAACGCCACCACGCCCCGGAUUGCGAGGUUUUUCGAAAUUGGCUCGCUGCUCUCGAUCUGAGCGGCGCUAGUCGUCUGAUUCGAGCGGUAUACGAUGGCCACCUUCGGCGACGCUCCCGCUGGCAACGCCAAGGCCGGAGAGAAGAUCUUCAAGACCAAGUGUGCUCAGUGUCACGCCGUUGAGAAGUCCGCCGGCCACAAGCAGGGUCCCAAUCUCUCUGGACUGCUUGGGCGAACGUCUGGUACCACAGCAGGGUACUCGUACUCUGCUGCCAACAAGAACAAGGCUGUUGUUUGGGGAGAGGACACUCUUUACGAGUACUUGUUGAACCCGAAGAAGUAUAUUCCGGGAACGAAAAUGGUGUUCCCCGGUUUGAAGAAACCUCAGGAACGAGCCGACUUGAUUGAAUACUUGAAAGAUGCCACUUAAUCGAGUAGCAAUUCACAUACAUCCCAGGUACAAAGAUGGUGUUUCCUGGUUUGAAGAAACCACAAGAACGAGCAGAUCUCAUUGCCUAUCUGAAGGAGAACGACUCGUAGUGUGGUUCUACAAUUUUGUCUCCCGGCCGGCAAAAGCUACAUGCUACAUCCAAUUCGAUCUACUUGCCGACGAAGAAGCACAGGGUUACUUAAAAAAUGAUAAGACUUUAGGGAUUCUAUGGGAGGGAAUAAGAAAGAAGCCCACUUUCCUGGGUGUGGACACAGGAUAUCUUGCACCAUUUUGUUAUUAAUUCAUUAGUUUCACUUAUAUUCUGUCAUUUCAACAGGACGUUCAAUUUUCAUGCAUCUUGAGUGUCCCAAAGUUGAAGGCAGGCACUUCGAGUGUAGCUGAGUGUUCAUUUGAGCCGCCGCUGUUCGUAAGCUGGCAAUUCGUUUGGGAAAUCCCAAGACUGAGUAAUUCUGGAAAAGAGUUGUACAAAGCGAUGAAACAGAGUGAGGCAAUCUUUGCAAGCUGCGAACCUUUCAUUACAUGAUUAUGGCUUACAAACUAUGUGAUGAUGUUAUCUUCGUCCUCUGACUGGUUUUAAGAUUGUCCCACUCUCAAAUGUUUUUGAUUUAC